AUUGGUUCUUUAGGGCACAAAAUAUUGGUAUUAGGUGGAGAUCAGCCUUGGUUGCAAUGAUAUAUGAAAAGGGUCUGACCCUUUCAUGCCAGUCAAAGCAAUGGCGCACAAGUGGUGAGAUAAUAAAUUUCAUGACUGUGGAUGCUGAGAAGAUUGGUACUUUUAGUUGGUACAUGCAUGACCCAUGGAUGAUCUUUUUCCAAGUCGGUCUAGCUAUGUGGAUCUUGUAUAGAAAUCUUGGACUAGCAUCAAUAGCGGCUUUGGUUGCUACCGUUUUAGUUAUGCUUGUGAAUUAUCCAUUCGGAAGAAUGCAAGAGAGGUUUCAGGAGAAGUUAAUGGAAGCUAAGGAUAGCAGGAUGAAAUCAACAUCUGAGAUCUUAAGAAACAUGAGGAUUCUCAAGCUUCAGGGAUGGGAAAUGAAGUUUCUCUCCAAGAAAGGAUGGCUGAAAAAGUAUGUAUAUAACUCGGCUGUUAUAAGCUUUGUUUUCUGGGGAGCUCCUACUAUGGUGUCAGUCUGCACUUUUGGUGCUUGUGUACUUCUUGGAAUUCCUCUUGAAUCAGGAAAGAUACUCUCCGCACUUGCAACCUUCAGGAUUCUACAAGAGCCGAUCUACGGUCUUCCCGAAACUAUCUCAGUGAUUGUGCAGACAAUCUCUCUUGAUAGACUUGCAUCCUAUCUUUCUCUGGAAAAUUUACAUCCUGACAUUGUAGAGAGGCUUCCUAAGGGAAGUUCAGACGUGGCGGUAGAAGUGAUCAACAUCACUUUAUCUUGGGAUGUCUCAUCUGCUAACCCGACUCUAAAAGACAUAAAUUUCAAGGUCUUUCCUGGGAUGAAGGUUGCAGUUUGUGGUACUGUUGGCUCUGGGAAAUCGAACUUACUUUCAUCUUUACUAAGAGAAGUACCCAAGAUAUCUAGAAGUCUUAAGGUUUGUGGGACAAAAGCGUAUGUUGCACAAUCUCCUUGGAUUCAGAGCGGUAAAAUUGAGGACAACAUCUUGUUUGGUAAACCUAUGGAAAUAGAAUGAUAUAAUAACGUGCUUGAAGCAUGUUCUUUGAGUAAGGACCUGGAGAUACUUUCAUUCGGUGAUCAGACCGUUAUUGGAGAACGCGGCAUCAAUUUGAGUGGUGGACAAAAGCAAAGAAUACAGAUUGCACGCGCUCUCUACCAAGAUGCGGAUAUCUAUCUGUUCGAUGAUCCUUUUAGUGCUGUGGAUGCACACACAGGGUCACAUCUCUUUAAGGAAGCUCUACUGGGGCUUUUAUGUUCCAAAUCGGUUAUAUAUGUAACCCAUCAAGUUGAGUUCUUACAUGCUGCUGAUCUUAUACUGGUCAUGAAAGAUGGGAAAAUAAGCCAAGCUAGAAAAUAUAAUGAUAUCCUCAACUCUGGAACAGAUUUCAUGGAGCUUAUAGGUGCGCAUCAGGAGGCUCUGACAGUAGUUGGUUCGGUUGAUGCCAGUUCUGUUUCUGAGAAAUCAGCUUUAGACGAAGAAAUUGGUGUUGUUAGAGAUGCUAUCGGUUUUGAUGGGGAACAAAAAAGUCAAAAUCUGAAGAACGAUAAAUUAGAUUCUGGGGAGCCCCAAAGACAACUUGUUCAAGAGGAAGAGAGGGCGAAAGGUAGCGUCGCUUUGGAUGUAUACUGGAAAUAUAUCACACUGGCAUAUGGAGGAGCUCUUGUACCUUUCAUGUUGUUGGGGCAAAUUCUCUUUCAACUUCUAUAGAUUGGAAGUAACUACUGGAUGGCUUGGGGUACUCCUCUUUCUGAGGAUGUGCAGGGUCCUGUGAAACUUUCCACGUUUAUGAUUGUGUAUGUUACUUUGGCAUUUGGAAGUUCCCUCUGCAUUCUUGUUAGAGCCACGCUUCUUGUCACCGCUGGUUACAAGACUGCUACUGAACUGUUUCAUAAAAUGCAUCACUGCAUUUUCCGUUCUCCGAUGUCUUUCUUUGAUUCAACUCCAAUUGGAAGAAUCAUGAGUAGAGCUUCUACUGACCAAUCGGCAGUGGAUUUGGUAUUACCGAAUCAAUUUGGAUCAGUUGCUAUCACAGUCAUUCAGCUUAUUGGAAUCAUUGGAGUAAUGUGUCAGGUUUCUUGGCUUGUUUUUCUCAUCUUUAUCCCUGUGGUCGCUGCCUCUAUAUGGUAUCAGCGGUAUUACAUAGCUGCUGCACGAGAACUUUCACGGUUAGUUGGAGUAUGCAAAGCCCCUUUGAUUCAGCAUUUUUCUGAAACGAUUUCAGGGGCGACAACUAUCAGGGGUUUCAGUCAAGAAUCUAGGUUCCGUUCUGACAACAUGAGGCUGAGUGAUGGUUACUCUAGGCCCAAAUUCUAUAAAGCUGGAGCAAUGGAAUGGCUUUGCUUUCGCCUUGAAAUGCUAUCAUCACUUACAUUUGUCUUUCCAUUGGUUGUCUUGGUCUCCUUACCUACUGGAGUGAUUGAUCCAAGUCUAGCGGGAUUAGCUGUAACUUAUGGACUUAGUUUGAAUACCCUGCAAGCUUGGCUGAUUUGGAGUUUCAGUAAUCUUGAGAACAAAAUCAUAUCAGUAGAGAGGAUUCUUCAGUAUGCAAGUGUUCCCAAUGAACCACCUCUUGUGAUAGAAUCGAACCGACCUGAGCAAUCAUGGCCUUCACGUGGUGAAGUUGAAAUCUGA